CUUUGGAACGGGGCAGUUGUAUCUGAACAGUCUUUUAUGUUGUGCUGGUUUAACAUUAAAUAUACAGUGGCGUGUUUUUAAAGGCUCAGUUCACAACUAUCAUAACUGUCUGAGCAACAGGUGCUCUCCAUGCAGUGCGAUUGUUCCCCCUGAAGCUGCCGGACUGCCUGAUACUGUUAUCAGCUGAUUGCUGCAGCUUCUGUGACUGUCAGCAAAGCAGAAUGUCAGACAGUGGGAACCAGUCCUGUCGGAUGGGAGCAGAGGACACUGUCUCCCUCCUGGUAUGUGUGUUUCAUGCGUGGCAGGAAUGGGCAGGCCUUGAUCAAGUGGAGGACUAUCUGAGUGUUCUGGAGUACCUGCUGUGGGUUUUCACCCCUCUGGCCAUCGUCUUCAUCUUGCCCUUCCUCAUCGUCAUCCUCCUUUACCUCUCUAUACUCUUCCUUCAUGUCUAUAAGAGGAAGAACCAGCUGAGGGAGGCUUACUCCAACAACCUGUGGGAUGGAGCCAGGAAGACCCUGGCUACUCUGUGGGAUGGACAUGGAGCCAUAUGGCAUGGCUAUGAGAUCCAUGGGAUGGAGAAGAUCCCUGACAAAGGACCAGCACUGAUAGUGUACUAUCAUGGAGCCAUUCCCAUCGACUAUUAUUAUUUUCUGGCCAAUGUUAUCAUCCAGAAGGGACGAACGUGCCACUCUGUAGCCGACCACUUCCUCUUCAAGAUUCCAGGUUUCAAGUUGCUGUUGGAGGUGUUCAGUGUGAUACAUGGUCCUCAGGAGGAGUGUGUGCGGGCACUGAGGAACGGUCACCUGUUAGGGAUUUCUCCAGGAGGAGUAAGGGAGGCUCUGUUCAGUGAUGAGACCUACCCUCUUCUCUGGGGCAAACGCAAAGGCUUCGCCCAGGUUGCCAUCGACUCACAAGUGCCAGUAAUUCCAAUGUUUACUCAGAAUGUGCGAGAAGGCUUCAGAUCUCUGGGAACACUCAGAUGUUUCCGCUGGGUGUAUGAGAGGUUUCGUCUCCCUGUAGCUCCUGUUUAUGGUGGAUUUCCUGUGAAAUUUCGAACCUUCCUUGGUGAUCCAAUCCCAUAUGACUCCAACAUAAGUGCUACAGAGCUGGCAGAUAAAGUGCAGCAGGCAGUCCAGUGUCUGAUUGACCAGCACCAGCAAAUCCCAGGGAACAUUUUGAGAGCCUUGUUGGAGAGAUUUCACACCAAACACAAAGACCAUUAACAACAACAAGUACAACAACAGAGACAAACUCUCCAGUGUGUGACUAAAACAACACAUCAUAUUGGCUCAGGUGGCUGCAGUAUGCACAGGUUUGGUGGCCUAACAUAUUGGAAUAUUUGUUUUUCACUGCCCCCAAACACCACUGACUGUAACUGCAGAGGUUACUUUUGCACCUUUCUUAUAUGUGUUCUUGUGUACAUUGCCUCCCUUUUUCAUCUGCUCAUUCCCUGGAUGAAUCUGUGUUAAGCUAAACUUUCUGGGGUUGUUUUUUUGGAUGUGACGGUCAGCAGACCUCAAAAAAGAUAAGUGUAAAGAUAGUUAUUUUUCCAGUACACAUGUGCACAAUAUCUUAUUUUGUGUGUUCGGAUAUCAUUUAUCUCCAUUAAUUACAGUAUUAUUAGUUAAUGAUGAAAUUGUGGACUGACUGACUGGUUGGAUGAAAUGUAAUUGGUCAUUUUAGCUGUUCAAAUCAGUUCAAAUAUAUAGGGUUCAGGCAAUUUCUUUAUUGAAAAUCAACACAAGUAUGUUUAGUUCAGCAAGAGAUUCAUAAUGUUGUUAUUAAAUAUAUUUUAUUUAUUUUCUAUGAUCAUGGUGCACUGACAAUGCAGACAAUUGCCUGUAAUGAUAAACUGUAACAGCACUUUGAGUAUGCACACCUUUAGUUUCACUUGACUUGGAGCAAACAAUGCAACACACACUAAUUACUGGGAUCAGGCUGCAGAAUUAGAUAAGAGUCUCAUCAGGCAGACCAGACAGAGUUGAACCAGAUGGUUAAUGUUGGCCCACUAUAAACACCUUUUUGAUUUGCCAGUUGGAGUUUCAUGUUGUCCCAGAAACAUACUGGACAUUGACCUAAGGUUACAGGUGUAUGACAAUAUGGGUGAUGUAGAUGAGAUUAAUUUGUAUAUAGAGUCCCAUGCCUACAAUAGAAAACAACAUUCUUUGUUUUGUAGAUUACAGUGUUCAUGAUAUUGACGAUAUACUGUCCAUAAUUUCCAGUGGUUUUCCGUAACCUAUAGGCAUACAUGUAAUGAUAAAAAUGUAUUCCUCAGGUCUGAUACUUUCCUGGAAAUUUUCCCAAUAAUUUCUUAUAAAACAAUCUGGUGUGUCACUGUUAAUUCUUAGGGCAUGUCUUACUUACUAGUCUGGUAUUUUUGUUAUGAGGAAGUGAGAGGGGAAUUACAGGGACAGAUAUUAAUGGCUGCUUAGAAACUUCACCGACCUAGGCUUUUCCAGUUAUCCUAAGUACUACAUCAUUUUCUAAACACUUAAAUCAGUAGAUAUUUACCAAUCAUACAAACUUAACAUGUUGUCUGUUUCCCCAAUGAUUAGUCAUUUAAUAGGUGCAUACCAGCUAAUUACAUUAAUUAAUUAUUAAUUAAGGUCAUUAACCUGUAAAAACUUGUUUCAGUUUUUGUAAAGAUUGGCCCUCAGUAAUGAAAAAAUACAGUUAUGUAAACACUUGUGCACUGUUUGCUAAACUCAGUUGUUGUUACACAAAAGCACCUUCUGACUAGAAGAGCUAUAGACUUCUAACAUGAACAGUACUUCACUAGCCACCAUAACCAGAUAUUAGCAGGCCUCCAUUUACCUCAAAUUAAAUUGCAGUUAUUGAUGUUUUCUGGCAUACAAAGUUUAUCCCCCGGUUAUUAGAUUUGUUGUUAAAGUGAGCAACAUUUAGUUGCAACUGUAUCAGUACACCUGAUUACAACAGUAGCUAACUAAACUAGAUAGCAUGGCUAGUUUUUAUCUAGCAUGGUUGUUCCUUUGUCCAUUUAGUUAUGAUGUUUAUUGUUUAUUUCAUUUGUGACAAGUGAUAAGAUCAGCAGCAUAAAUGUGAUCACAGUCGGCCUAAAAAAGUAUAACAACAGAUAGCUAAUUAACUUUCAUAUUUUUGUUGAAGAGCUGACAUGUGGCACUCUCAACCACACAUCCCAAGAGAGUACAUGGAGGACUGUCUUCGAUGACCUAAUAGCCAGUUAUCUACAACGGAACCAAAAAGCAACAAGGUAUAUAAUUGUCAGACGCAGCUCUCUGUAUCCUCAAAAACAGUCAAUGUAAUAUGUUAUAAAACCUGUCAUCUCAAUUCAACACAACCCUGCCAUCGGAUAUAUAAAGAGGACAAAUAUAAAUGGUUGGUUAUAGUUCCCAUAAACUGGAACUCAUUUUCGGCAGCAAACAGACAGAGAUCAACAUUUUCAAUGUAAGAGACUUAAAGAAAACAGCUAUUUUUGUGUCAGUGAUCUCAUUAGUUGUGUUUCACUGUAUUUCAAUGCACAGUAUGGCAUUAAAAACGAUUAAUGGAAAUGGAAUAAUCUGAAAAUUUGAAAAAAGUUUUACAUUUUUGUCUUUUUCGAAAACUAGUUAAUGUCCAUAAUGGGAGAUGGAAACACCUUGAAUAAUAUAUGUAUAAUAUUGUGUAGACUAAUACAUCCAUUCAUUUGGAACCUUUACACUUUAACAAGUUUGUUUGUUAAACAAACAAGAGGUUUGUUCGGAUGAUGUUGAUGUCUGGAUUAUUGUUUAAGUCAGUGUCAGGGAUAGAGAGAGAUAGACUGCUGAGUGAGUUAGAUUAACGAUUAAUGAUUAAUGAGAAAGAGGAUGGCAAACUGCAUGUCAUAACUCGUCUCAACAAAAACACUAUGUGCUUUCAAGGCAUAGUUAGUAUAGAGACAAUCAAGUCAGGCAGGAAUUUUCAGCUGUACCUCCCAUCUUCUCUUUUUUGUAGGUUCCUCUAUGCCUGGUCCACACAUACACGGGUGUUUCUAAAAAACAGUGGUUUUCCUUCAGUCUAAAAAAACCACACAAGACACACACUGUCCACACAAGCUGUUGUGUGAGACACAUCUGUCUCUAUCCAUAUGAAAAUACAGAAACACAAACUGUCAAGAGCAUGCCAAACCAGCAGGCAGCCAUUUAACCCUAACCUUGACAAUGUUGGCUAAUCAGAAGCCCGAAAAAGCUUUCCAGUAGGCUGCCUCCAACUAGAGGUCCAACCAAAAUUAUGAAUCCUACGAUGGUAAAGACAUUGUGACCAGGUUUUGUCCAAAACUAGCGAUGUUGGCAGUGCAGCCUGUGUCAUGUGAGUGUUCGAUUAUGUAAUGGUACCUUAUAGCUCAAUAAAACUGGAGGAGUAACUGUACAUGUAUGUGUAAACAUGUAAAAAAAAUCUCCCUUUAGAAAGGUCCCACCAGCAUUACUUUGGCCACAUCUGUUGUUGUACAAAAUCACCUCAUGUAAAGAGAUAAUGGUACACACUCUAUUCACAAGCCAAAAACUUAGAUUUCCCUGUCUACAGGUCAGCACUAUAAACCGAGUUUCUGAAUAUCUUCACCCAGGAAGGAGUUUUCCAAAAACUUUUUUUUUUCAGUGACCUAAAACUGGUUGUAUAUGGACAAAAAAGGCCAAAAUCAAAGGAAAAGACACAUUUGACAAAUACCCGUGUACGUGUGUACUAGGUACUAGUCUCAAUAAGUAUGCGUUUGACUACUGCUGAACAGUACAACAGCUGAACAUCACAUGUCACAGCACAGACAUAUCCCUGCCAAAAGAAGCCUUCAGUUCUGGUGCGUCUUGACCUGAGUGCUGCCUUUGAUGCUGUGAACUACCAGAUACUUUUAGAUAGAUUAAGUUAGCGUCUUGGCCUGCCUGGAAGUGCGUUUAACUGCCUUAUCUCAUAUCUUUGUGGAAGUUAAUUUAAACACAAGAUACUUGUGCUCAAAAAGAGGAUUCAUUCUCAGUGAAGAACCUUGGAGCCCUCCUCUGCCUCUAUACAUGCCAAAGAGCAGUGAU